AUGCUUAUCCCGUUUGCAAAGGUGCAGCUCGUCGACGAGGACAACAAGCUCGGAGACCCGACAAGCCUCAAGCUCAUCCUCAAGACGUUUGACCCCAAGGUCGACUACCUCAAGCUCGUGCAGCUCGAGCCACCCGUGGUCAAGAUUAUCAACAUUGAGGAGGAAAAGACCCGGGAGCGAGAGUACGAGGCUAGGGUCCGCCUGAGCCGUCGCAUUGCCAUCGAGGACAAGGAGCUCCAGGUGCCCUGGCACGCGGCCAUUGGCGACCUCCAGCACAAGGCCAAGACGGCGCGCUCCCUCAUCGAGAAGGGCGACCGCGUCCAGCUCGUCUUUGCGAGACGCGCGGGUGCAGGCAAGACGCGCUGGAUCACCGACGCCGAGAAGGAGGAGAUUGUCGCCCUGUUCGCCGACGCGCUGUCCCCCGUCGCCACGCGCUGGAAGGAGGACGACCGCUCCCGCAAGGUCAUUUGGGUGUCGUACUGGAAGCCGUUGGAGUCUAUCAGCGCCGGGGUCCGCCAAAAGAUCAUGGACGGCAUCGUGGAGAAGCGCCAGGAGACGAUCGACAAGAAGGAGGAGAGGCGCAUCCGGCAGCAGGAUAAGGAGCGCAGGGCCGCCGAGCGGAGGGCGGCCAAGGGCGUGUAA